AAAUGGCAGUACUUAUACUGUUCUUCUAUCGGUCGUGCAAUGAUGUCUGAGACGGUGUUCGCUGUUUGCAGUAACUUCUUUGUGGCUGUAAUGUUGCAAACUGACCUGGCAGUUUAACCAUUAAGGAUUACCACUUUCACAGAGGACUUGGUGAACAGAAAGAUUAAAAGUCAGCAACGUCCAUGUGUGAACUACACUUUUUUCAAUGAUUCUCUAAUGGCCAGUUUCCCAGACACAGAUUAAGCCUAAUCUUAGACUAAGAAGAACUUUCAAUGGUGAAUCUCCUUUGAACAUGAUUUUUAGGCUUACAUUCUGUUUUAGGUACAUUCUGUUACAAGAGCCCACUCAACGAACCACCAUGGUCAAAUACUAUGUACUAUAUUCAAUACAUAAAAUAAUGCAAACAUUUACAUUUCAUUUUUUUGUCAUGUUCUUAACCGCUGGGCUACCUACCGCCUGCAUACACUUGUAUAUCACAUUUCACAACACGUUUACAAUGAUUUCACAUAUUCAGUGUAUUAGAUUAGCACUAACAAAGAAAUAAAUAAUUAUUUACCAAUUAGGUUUUCCUCAUUGAAAAGGGCCUUACCGCGUCAAUGACCCAGUUGCAUAGAACUCACCAUAGAACUACAGUGAAUGGCAGCCAGGUGUGCCCACAGACCUAAGGCUGUGUCCCAAAAGGCAAUCUAUUCCCUACAUAGUGCACUACUUUUGACCAGUGCAUGGUCCAAAAGUAGUGUCAUAUGAAGGGAAUAGGCUCCCAUUUGGGAAGCAGACCUCGUUUCCUGACCAACAUUCAUUGUCCUACUGUAUCUAUUCACGUAUGACCUCAGGCAGUAAAAUAUAUCAGAACUGUAACAGUGUUCCUAAAUAGAUCACUUUACUUCCUGGAUUACUUCAGAGUCAUUAAAUAGAAAGACUAUACUAUACUAUACUAUACUAUAGGGGGAUGGAGACACCACCAUCAUCACCAUCAUUAGAGUAAUAUCCCCCAAUUAAAGGUGGAUUUAAAAUCCUGGUGUUGUACUGCUCAGGUGACUCAGGUGCGCUCUAGUGUCAUAGAGACCAGGCCUGAGUCCCAAAUGGCCCCCUAUUUCCUAUAUAGUGCACUACCUUUGACCUGGGCCCUGGUAAACAAAAAAAGUAGUGCACUGUGAUGGGAAUAGGGUGCAUUUAGGAUGCAGACUAGGUUCCCUCGGGCAGGACUCCCAUACUCACGGGAACAGUAUCCUGACACCUGCUAUUGUUUUGUUUGUGGUUCUCUGGUAGAUAAAGGAACAGGUGAAGGGGGGUUGAGAGGGGGACAGGUGCGUCACACUUCUCUGGUUUCGCCUCUUUGGUUUCAUCAGUUCAGCCAGUACUGCCUGGGAGAGAGGGAGACACACAGAGAGAGAGAGAGAGCGAGAGAGAAAGAGAGAGAAAGAUAGGGAAGUGCGAUGAAGGAAAGGAUUUGCUGGUCUUGUGAAUUGCAGAGUCAAAUUCUUUCAAACGGUGCUGCAGAGAGAUAGAGAGGGGGAUAUUACUGAGAGAGAGGAGCUGGAGACAAGAUUACAUCAUUCAUACGCACACAGAGACAUACACUGGAAUAUUACUGCUUCAGACACACACACAGAGAAACAGACACAAAUACACAAAACACACUGCACCUAAAUAGAAGAGGACAUGAAGACUGGCAAGAAAUCCUUCAUAGCUUUCAUCAAGGAGAGGAAAAUUGGACUUAACGACUUCAUAUCGAGGCUGGUGUCAAACCCACAUAUGUGUCAACACUCUGAAGUUGACUUCCUCAAGAUCGAUGAGAACCAGAAUGAGAAGCUGGACAAUGCUGAGCUCUUAAAUCCGAUGCUACUGACCUCCCCCAGAAGCUCACUAGCUGAAGAGCUGGCGAUCAAACCAUGUGAUUUCGACUACCUGAAAAUCAUCGGCAAAGGGAGCUUUGGGAAGGUGCUGCUGGCUCGACACAGGGAGAGCAACGAGUAUUACGCCGUCAAGGUUCUACAGAAGAAAAUCAUCUUGAAGAAGAAAGAGCAAAAGCAUAUAAUGGCGGAACGAAGUGUCCUGAUGAAGAAUAUCAAACAUCCUUUCCUGGUGGGGCUGCACUAUUCCUUCCAGACUACUGACAAGCUGUACUUUGUGCUUGACUACGUGAAUGGAGGAGAGCUGUUCUAUCAUCUACAGAGAGAGAGGGUGUUCCUAGAACCCAGAGCCAGGUUCUACGCUGCAGAGAUCGCCAGUGCUCUGGGAUACCUCCAUUCCCUGCAUAUUGUUUACAGAGAUCUGAAGCCUGAGAAUAUCCUGCUAGACUCUGCGGGCCACAUCGUCCUGACAGACUUUGGCCUUUGCAAAGAGGGCCUUGCACCCACUGGGACCACCACCACCUUCUGUGGAACCCCGGAGUAUCUGGCCCCCGAGGUGCUGCAGAAGCAGGCAUACGACCGAACCGUGGAUUGGUGGUGCCUGGGAUCCGUGCUUUACGAGAUGCUCUAUGGACUGCCCCCCUUCUACAGCCGCAACACAGCUGAGAUGUACAACAAUAUCCUGAACAAGCCUCUUGUACUGAAGCCCAACGUGUCCAACGCAGGCAGAGAACUGUUGGAGGGGCUCCUGCAAAAGGACCGCACUAAGAGGCUGGGAGUGAAAGAUGAUUUUAUGGAACUGAAGUUCCACACCUUCUUUUCACCCAUCAACUGGGAUGACCUGAUGGCAAGGAACAUCACACCACCCUACAUUCCCUCAGUGAGCGGGCCUACGGACCUCAGGCACUUUGACCCAGAGUUCACCCACCUCCCUGUGACCUCAUCUCUGUGCAACACGGACGGCCUGCUGGUGACUAGCAGCAUCAAGGAGGCAGCUGGAGCCUUCCCAGGCUUCUCCUAUGGACCCGCUGACAGCUUCAUGUGAAGGACUCCUCUAUCCACCUCGAUCCUCAUCCCCUCCACAGUCGAAAGGGGGAAUAGAAACAGACAAACACUGCCUGGGACAAUGACCACGCACUGUUAGAGCAGUUUAGGAGGUUUGCAUGGCCUGCUAAUGGAAAUCCUGAGUGACAUGCCUAAGAGGCAUGAAAAGGGGGUCCAGAAAAUCCAGAUCUUGUUGGAUUGUUGCAUGAGGGGUGUAGAUUGCAUGGGACUCUUAUCUUCAACACCAAUGGCCCUACCUACCCACCCACCCCAAAACUGAUCCAAAGUGUGCCAAGGUGGGAAACAGAGAUUAUGUUUUGUACUACAGGGAGAAAGGACAUUUCUCUCAAAUCAAUGUGGACUACCACCACUGUCGGAGAUAAGGAUGAAGUGCCUGAAGUUUCAAGGCAGCGAGAACAGUACUGUACCCACAGAGCUAGGCAAGAAGAGCCGGCUGCAUCAAACCCGCAGACUUUCCAGUCUGUUUGGACUUAUGACCCUGGCGCUAGCUGUAGAGAGGUCCAUGCCUUCCUAAUCUUUCUGCAUUUAUUGAAGAUGUACAUGUCUGUUCGAGUCACAAUGCAUUUGUUAUCUGUUUGUUAUGUGAAUGGUCGAUUGCACUUGAGGAAACAAGGGUAAAGAAAAUGUUUGCGUUGCUUAAGCAUCCACUCUGUCUCUUGGUCAACUGCAUAUCUUUUCACCCACAAAAUCAUAUCUCAAACAAGUAGGAAAACACCAGAAUGGAUAAUGAAAUUUCAACAAUUUUGUUUUGGACCAAAUAGGGUACUAUGGUACCAUCUGAACCAAAUUCUACUGGUGGAUCAUUUUCGUCCAAAUACUGAUGAUAAUAAUAGAGCAAAUGAAUGCCGAUGCAUAGAAAGCAGACACGGAAUAUGUUAUUUUACAAGAAAUCUGCAUGUCAUGGCAUAGUAAUUUAAUUGUAAUCUUACCAAAUAAUGCAUUGGUUUACUAUUUUAAUGGUACUGUUCAUUUUACUACAGUAUUUCAGUUUGAGAAAUUACAAAGUACUCCUUUUAAAAACACAUUUUCCACUUGAAUCUUAACAAAAACCAUAGUAAUAUAUUAAGAAGCUCCAAAUGUUUAACUAUUUAUACUCCCUAUGUGAACAAAAUGUUCUUGCCUUUGUUCUUCUAAUACCUGCACUUUUACCCCCCUGAGACUGUGUUGACAUAUUGUGUUGACAUAAAUGUUUGUAGACUCAUUAAUAUAUUUUUUAUCAUAAAUACAGAAAAUGGAGUAUACAGUUUUACCAGCAAUAAUAGGUCUUCUGCAGUAAUAACACAUUAUAUCAAUCAUUGUUAUUCUUGCGAGUGAAAGUGAUUGCUGUUUUGCUGGCAAAACACUCUAGAGAAUCCAUUAUAUUGUUAUGUAUAUCCAUUUGCAUUGUGUACAGAACUCCUGCUAGAUUGAUAUAGAAAGGAACUGUACAUGCAUUUCGUUUUGUAAAGUGUGCCUGUCUGUUCCAGCCAUGUUACAGUAGGAUAGGUAGGCCUGAUCCAUUUGUAUCUAUUUCUUCCGUUAUCCUCAUGGUCUGGAGACCACGACCUGAAAAGCUGUGCUGCUGCAAUGACAAGAGCUUAGACUGAAAUUACUCUUUGUAAACAGCGCUAGCGCCGUUCAUUUACUGAUGGCCCUAAAUAGUGCAAUAACAUCGCAGGCUUGGCAAGAAUCACCUUUAAUUGAUCAGAGAUAUAUUUUUUCCAUUAGUCAUCAUGCCUUAAAAAAAUCAUCCUCUAAAAUGACAGAUUAUGGAAGAUCACAGUGUUUACCAGAUGUCAGUAGUCAAAAAAAAUUUAAAAAAAAGGGCAUGAACUGAUUUUAUUUUAUUUGGCCUUAACAGAUAUAACCUUGUAAUGGCUGACAGAACAAAUAUCUAUUCAUGAUGAAAAUCACGUUUUUUUUUAUUUUUAUAUAGUGUAAAUUGAUAAAGGACUGACACUUAAUUUGAUAUGUCACUUUAACUUCCUUGAUCCUACCAAGUCUGAAAAUGUUGGUCUGCAAAGAAGUAUUGACUCUGCAGUGAAUAUCUACAGACCAUUCUGUGGUACCGCUUCCUUCUUGUAGAAAAUUACAAACAACGCAAUACAGUUCUAGGUGAUUUUCUUCCAUAUUUGGAAGCUUUACAUAUGUUAUUUGUUUUUGUAUUUUAUUUCUCCAUAUAUAUUUAUUUACGUCAUGACACAAUGUACUGUAUGUUUAAAGACCAGAGGACAAAUUCCUAGUAUUGAUAAAUUAAAAUAUUGAAUUGUUAUCUGUUCAAAAUGGUAAAUAAAAUGUAUUGACCAAAUUCAAA